CCUGUUGUCUGUGAAUUAUAUUCCUAAUUACAAAUGUACAGUUAUCAGGUUGAAAUGGCGACCACAAAUAAUUUAUACCCAAAUGAAACUGCAAUGGAGAACAACAGAUACAAACAGUUUAGACGAUGCGUAAUUACACAUCAUAGAGCUCUCCAGUUUGUACGGGUUCCGUAAAAAAAAAAACGACUUCUAAACGGGUUUAAGUACUCAGAGUUCAUCUGAUUUGCUUUUUCUUUAUUUUUCUAGCUUUUUCAUCGCUUUACAGAAAUGUAGCCAGAUCUUGAAUUUGGUGCAGGUCGGAAUAAAUAUGGUGCUCAUCAGCUUCACUGCUGUUCGGGUAAGAACAAUUUCACCCUUGUAUAUCAAUGAUUUAGAUCUUCAUACAUUUAUUUUACAGAUUAUUUUGUAUGUUGAUCAACCUGCAGAAGUUAUGAGAUAUGUCUUGUUCCUUGCUGCACAGAAAUUUCAUUUGUUUUUUAUCAGUCUAUUUGGACAAAUCUUACUGAACCAUGCUUUAUUGUUACCAGAAACAGUAUAUAAUUCGAAAUGGUACGAGAUGCCAAUAAGAUUUCGAAAAGUACUUUACACUAUGCAAAUAAGAUGCAACAGACCAUGUAUUUUGAGCGCAGUUGGAUUAUACGAGAUGGACAUUCAAAACUUUGGAAAAGUACGUAUCGAUAAUAACAUUGGUCAAGUUGUUGCCCUUGGUAACAUAUUAGCAAUUAACUUAUUUUAAUUAAAAGAC